AUGCGUUUUGAGGGCGAGACGACAAAUAUCUUCAGGGGUCUUGACGCGAAUGCAGAUAUCUUUAAUGACCGCGACCUGGCAGCUGCCGUCCUUAAGACUUCGCUCGCUAAGCGCCUUGGAGAGGAAACUAAUGCCCUUUCAACAUCGAAGAAGCGCGUCGAGUUCGCCAACGACAUCAAAUCGGCCUCGGAUGCCUCGGAUGGCAACAACUUCCUUGAAAAGCUAAACGUGACCGUCGCUGAGCUCAAUGCAGGCAUGGAUGUCGACACAUACAUCGAGAUGUGCAAGAUGAUAGGUGAUGAGAUAUCCUAA